AUGGGGCUGCCAGGCGUGGGCCUGAAUGGGGGCCCAUCCCCCACAUACCGGCCCUCCCUCCUCCCCAGGGGCAAGGCCGCCCCUGUGCACCGGGGCGGUGAGAGGCAGCUGGCCCCCUCGCCCCUGGAGCUGCGAUCCCGGGUCCUGGAGCGACUGGGACUCUCAGAAAAUGACCUCCAGGCGAGCACCGAGGCGCUGCGGGAGUGGAUGGCCCAAGAGGUGCUCCAGCCGCUGGUUGACGCAAUGGAAGGCGCGCACAGCAGGGUGGAGGAGAGCGCAGCGCAGCUGGGACUCCAGGGCAUCCGGCUCAGCAGCCUGGAGAGCCCCGCCCCCCUGUCCGUCGCAUCCAAGAACCUGGGGCGCGGGGAGGGCAUCGACGAUGAGGCCCUGGUGUUGCAGCUGCGAGACCAGAUCGUGGCUCGCCUGAGGCCCUCCGGCACAUUCUCCCUCACACCCGACGUGGCCCCGCCGCCAGAAGCCCUGGCCUGCCUGCAGGCCAUCGCCACAUACCAGCAGCUGUCUGCCGUGCUCAAGGGCGAGGCCCCGCCCGGAAUCCUCCCGGCCACGCCUCGCGGCUACGUGGCAAGCCGCAUUCGCAGACUGGCUGAGGGUCCCUGCGUGACGGCCUUUGACUGGUCAGCGGGGGGCCUCUUUGGUGGCAAGUCCUGGACGCUGGAACUACCAACAGACUCCGUGCUCCUCCUGUAUAUCUUUGCCGCCUUCCUGGCCGCCCCUCAUUGGCACUUCCUGCAGGUGGAUGGAGGGCAGGGCCCGCUCUACCUAGGCAAGCUGCCGAGCAGGGUUUCAGGGCCCUACUUUGCGAUCCUGCCCCUGCAGCCGCCCGCCAACCACCAGGCAACCGGAGUGAUUGGCACCCAGCUCGGCACCGCCGCCCCACUCUUCAGCCUGGUGCUGAAUGGAAACGUGGUGCUGACCAGCGGGGGGAGGGGGGCACUCUGGGACACUCUGGCCCUCUUCCUGCGCCACUGCGCGCGGGAGUGCCACGGAGCGGUGAGCAGCCGCUCCCUCGCCUUCCUGGGGGUAGCCGAGGCCGUCGCACCGGAGUAUGGUGCGCGGAGGAUCCCCAAGCGCCUGCUCCCGUUGCUGGGAUGGUGA